UUUUUUUGUUGCUUUUUGACGACCAUUUAGGCGCAGUUUGCGCAUGCGUCCCUUCCUCUUGUCGAUAGCUCCCUCCAGAGAAGAUGACUGCCCGUUUAAAGAAGACUAGAAAGCUUCGUGGCCACGUUUCGGCUGGUCAUGGCCGUGUUGGCAAACACCGCAAGCACUCUGGAGGUCGCGGAAAUGCUGGUGGUCAACAUCACCACAGAAUUAACUUCGACAAAUACCAUCCUGGAUACUUCGGUAAGGUUGGUAUGCGCCAGUUCCACGUAACCAACCAGCGCUCUUACCGUCCCUCCGUCAACAUUGAGCGUCUGUGGUCCUUGGUGUCUGACCAGACCCGCACGAAGUAUGCUGAUGCCAAGGCUGACAGCAAGGUCCCAGUAAUUGACGUUGUCCGUGCUGGUUACUACAAGGUUCUUGGCAAGGGCUUCCUUCCCAAGCAGCCGGUUAUCGUCAAAGCCAAAUUCUUCUCCCAGCAGGCUGAGCAAAAAAUAAAGUCAGCUGGUGGUGCUUGUGUCCUCGUGGCAUAAGUGUCUUUUCGGUGCAGUCAA